ACACAUGUAUUAUAAUUGACAACAGGAGAAAUUACUCUACAAGCAUUUUUCACAGUUGAAGCAAGGGUGUGUGAGAGAGACAGAGAGAGAGAGAAAAUGGAUUACUAUACACUUGUGUUUGGAUCAAUUUUAGCAUUGGGUUUACUCUAUAUUCUAGCAAAAUUGUCCAGUAGAGGCACCAAAAGAUUUCCACCAGGUCCAUCACCAUGGCCAGUUAUUGGAAAUAUUCACUUAUUAGGUGCAAAACCCCAUGUAUCAAUGGCCAAUCUUGCAAAAAUCUAUGGUCCAAUUAUGAGUCUAAAAUUAGGACAAAUGACAACAGUGGUCAUUUCUUCAUCAUCCAUGGCAAAACAAGUCCUUAAGUAUCAAGAUCAAGACUUUUCGGGUAGAUUUGUCCCGGGUGCCGUUCGAGCACACAAAUAUUCGAAAUUUUCUAUGGUAUGGUCUCCAGUUUGUCCUCAAUGGCGAAUGCUUCGGAAAAUCAUGAACACAAACAUCAUCACUUCAAAUAGGCUUGAUGCAAAUCAACAUCUGAGAUCUCAAAAGGUGAAAGAAUUGAUUGCUUAUUGUGCAAAAUGUAGCCAAGAAGGUGAAGCUGUAGAUGUAGGUCAAGCUGCUUUCAAGGCUAAUCUCAACUUGGUGUCCAACACCCUUUUCUCCAAGGACUUGGCUGAUCCUUUCUCGGAUUCGAAGGUUGAGUUGAAGGAGGUUAUCUGGCGUUUUCUGGCUGAGAUAGGAAAGCCUAAUCUAGUGGAUUUUUACCCCAUACUUGAAAAGAUUGAUCUUCAAGGUAUAGGGCGUCGCACAACCAUUCAUAUUGACAAAUUAUUUAAAAUUUUUGAUGGUUUGAUCAACGAACGAUUGGAGGAAAAGAGAAAGGGAUCCACUGAAAAGAGUGAUGUUUUGGAAACAUUUCUCAAUAGUAGUGAAGAAAAUCCGAAAGAGAUUGAUCAUAAUCACAUCAAGUCCGUGUUCCUGGACUUAUUUGUUGGGGCUACGGAUACAACUACAAGCACAGUGGAAUGGGCAAUGGCAGAAAUGCUUAAACAACCUGAGAUUAUGAAGAAAGCUCAAGCAGAACUUGCAGAAAUCAUUGAAAAAGGAAAAUCAAUUGAAGAAGCCAAUGCUUCUCGACUCCUUUACUUGCAAUGCAUCAUCAAAGAAACCUUUAGAAUGCAUCCACCAGCUCCAUUAGUCCCACGCAGUGUGCAGCAAGAUAUUGAAUUGUGUGAUUAUAUUAUCCCGAAGGGCUCACAGGUUCUAGUCAAUGUGUGGGCGAUUAGUCGAGAUAUUACUUUUUGGGAUGAUCCUUUCGUCUUUAAACCCGAGAGGUUUUGGAGUUCGGAUAUGGACGUACGAGGACAAGAUUUUGAUUUGAUUCCAUUCAGUGCUGGUCGAAGAAUAUGCCCAGGCUAUCCACUGGCGUUGAGAAUGAUUCCAGUAAUAUUGGGCUCGCUCUUAAAUUCCUUCAAUUGGAAGCUCGAGGCCGACAUUGAACCAAAAGAUUUAGACAUGGAGGAAAAGUUUGGUCUCACCUUAGCCAAAGCUCAUCCUUUGCGAGCUAUUCCAUCUCCGCUUUGAUGUUGUAGAGUCAAUAAAUAUUUAUCUGUAUUCGAUAAUAUUGAACCAAGCAUUCCAGCUUUAGCAAUUAAGAAUAAACUGUAUUUUGUGAA